AAUUUUUCAGAAAUUUUGGUUAGAACGAAGAACCAAUCAUCGCUUCUGCUAUCUUCAUAGGCCAGAAAACGCCGCCGUCGACGACGACGAAAACGCAGUACAGUGCGCCGGCCGAGUAGAGGAGCUAAUGUUGACGGCGGCGGCGAGCUGCUCGGCGAUAUCAUCUCCUUCGAUUUAUUUUCGUCGAGCUUCAAAUCUUUCUUCUGCUACUGCUACUGUUGCUGCUUCUCAUUCCCUUUGCGCUGUUUCUCUUCCCCAAUUCAAGGGGAAUGUGUUGAUUCGAGUUAGUUGCGUGUCGGAGCGCAGUGAGCAAGCCGACCAAACCGAGGCUGAAACUGUGUCAUCGCCUUCUUCGUCGGAAACGCCGUCUUCUUCUGCUACUGUUGAUGGCGAUGAUGAUUCAGGCGUUUCAGUUUACAAAUGGUUAGUAGGUCUGGGAGGAAUUGGGUUUUUGGAGACUGGAUAUUUGACUUACCUGAAGCUCGCCGACACGGACGCGUUCUGCCCGACGGGAGGGGGCUCUUGCACCUCCAUCCUCACCAGUGAUUACUCUAAUGUCUUUGGCAUCCCUCUUCCAUUGAUUGGCAUGCUUGUAUAUGGUCUAGUCACGGCUGUUGGCUUCCAAUUGGGUGGUACGGAAAGGACAUUUGAGACGCAGAAAACUUCUGGUGAAAUUAUCUUACUUGGAGUAACUAGUUCCAUGGCAGUUGCUAGUGCAUAUUUCUUGUACAUUCUGAAUACUGAAUUUGUUGGAGAACUGUGUAUAUAUUGUUUGACAUCAGCGAUAUUAUCCUUCAGCUUAUUCUUCAUCACCCUAAAGAGGUUUAGGCUACAAGAACUACAAAGUGUAUUGGGCUUGCAGCUAUUCAUAGCUUGUCUGGUCGUUGUUAGUUUGACUGCAUCUUAUAAUGUUGCACAACCAGGCCCCUCAAGAUUGGCAGAUAUUGAAAUUCCAUAUUUUGAAACGGAGGUCCAAACAAAAUCAAGUCCUUUGGCGAUUUCUCUAGCUAAUCAUCUACGUUCAAUUGGAGCCAAAUUAUAUGGAGCUUUUUGGUGUACACAUUGCCAUGAACAGAAGGAGAUAUUCGGACGUGAAGCUGCAAAAUUAUUGGACUACAUAGAGUGCUUCCCUGAUGGAGCAAGCAAAGAAACUAAAGUGGCUAAGGCAUGUCAGGAUGCUAAAAUUGAAGGGUUCCCAACCUGGAUUAUUAAUGGUCAGGUUUUGAAUGGGGAGCAGCAGUUGUCGGAGCUAGCUGCAAUAUCUGGAUUUCAACCUGAAAAGCUUACUGAAUCAAGAUAAAAAAUUUCGAUAUUGUCCACAGUUUUUGUGCCCUGCUCUGCAUCUACAUUAUUAGUAGCUUAUCUUGGUAGGCAAUGCAGAUGCAAUAUAGGUAUCCCGGGGAAUGGAAUCUGUUAUUUCCAGUAAGCAUUUCCUUUUGUAGAAAGAUCCAACAGGGAUGGAAGAUCAGUGGAAGAUGAUCGAGGGAGCAAGAUAAAGUAACUUUGACGUCUCUAGUUAGUUUUUGCUGUUAAAACUGUAUCUGUUACUCGACACUACUCUUGUAUAUAUACACACAUAUAUAUUGAAGAUGAGGAUUGUGCUGA